CUCUCUGAUUUCCGUCGCUCUUUCUGGAUCUCUCCUUCUUCCUGACUGAAAGUUCUGGAGAUUGAAGAAGGCAACAGGAGGAGUGUUUAAGAGUCCGUGACGAACCAGGAGAGGACCAGAAGAACAACUGUUCAGUGAAAGAGGAGUGCUGAAGUGAAAAUCAGACCAGAAUGGCUUCCCUGUGUUAUAACAGAGGCUGCGGCGAAAGGUUUGAUGAGGACAAGAACUCUGAUGAUGCUUGUUGUUUUCACCCUGGAGUGCCUAUCUUCCAUGAUGCCCUUAAGGGCUGGUCCUGCUGUAAGAAGAGAACGACAGACUUCUCAGAGUUUCUCUCAAUCAAGGGUUGUUCCCGUGGACGCCACAGUAACGUGAAGCCUGAAGAGACGCUGAAGCCAGAGUUCAAGACUGAUAAAGCAGAGCAGAAGCUCAACAGCAGCAAGGAGAUCAUCUACCAGGGCCCUAAAUCUGCUGAGGCGCUGGAGAAGGAGAGACCCAGCUAUGACGAGCCAAAGUCCAACCUGAAAGUGAAGGUGUCUCCUUCUCUGGCUCAGAUCUUGGAGAAAAUGGAGGUCAGUCAGAGGGAGAAGCAGGAGAAGUUAGAGAGCCAAGACGUCAUGGUGGGGACUAGGUGCAAAAACACCGGAUGCAAAACAAUGUACCAGGGUCCAGAGACAGAUGCUGAGGUUUGCACUCAUCACCCUGGAGCACCAGUCUUUCAUGAGGGAUACAAAUACUGGAGCUGCUGCUGUAUAAAGACCAUCGACUUCGAGGCUUUCUUGGAUCAAAAGGGCUGUACUACAGGCAAACACUGCUGGGUUCCAAAACAGGAUAAGAAGAAGGUGGCAUGUCGACAUGACUGGCACCAGACAGGAAACCAGGUGGUGGUCACCAUCUAUGCCAAGAACGCCAACCCUGAGCAUUCCUAUGUGGAGGCAAACCGCACACUGCUGACGUGUCACAUUCAGUUUGAGAAUAACAAGGAGUUUCACAAGGACUUCCAUCUGUGGGGGGUAGUUGAUGUGAAGAGCAGCUUUGUGAACAUGGUGCCUUCUAAAGUAGAAGUGACCUUAAAGAAGGCUCACGCUGUAGCUUGGGGUAAACUGGAGGACUCCAAACACAAACCUGAACACGAGGUCACAGAUGACAUCAGCAGCACAGAGCAGGAGGGGAAAGCAGACGAAAAACCAGACUGGUACAUCUCAGAUGAUGACAUCAGUGAGUCUGACUGGGAGGAUAACGAUGAUGACGAUAAGAAAGAGGAAGAGCAGGAUGUGGGCGGUCCCCCCUUGCUGGAGGAACCUCAACCUGUACCUCCAAAGAAAUAGAUGCUUAUUAAUAUUCACAUAGGGAUUGUUUUUCUACAGUGUGACAGUAGGGGUUCGAUGGGCAUGAUGGUGUAUUGUGAUGAGUAAGUUUGAAUUAGUUAUAUAUAAUGAUACAAAUAAUGGUUUUAAAAAAUAUUAUUCUCAGGUAAAGCACAUUUUUUGCUUUUUUUUUUCUCCUUUCUUUAAAAAUGAUGGUAGUCACCAAAAAUACUAUAACUGUGUUUUGUACGUUUUGAAAAUUGUCCAGGAUUUGGUUAUUUUCCAAUAACAGCACGUUCUGAAGUGUUUUAUUCGUCAUAUACCACAGCAAUCUACCAAUUAUUACAAUAUAAUGAUCAUUUAUUAACGAA